ACAAUAGCCCAGGUUCCUUCAUCACCAUCAGUGAGAAAGUCACCUUCGAACGCGAAAUUAAAAAAAGCAAAUUCAGAGCCAUCGCUGGACACAUUUCCGACGAGCCCUCUGCUCAAUCAUUUCUCGCCCAGGUUCGGGAUCCUAAAGCCACUCACAAUUGUUGGGCUUAUAAGAUUGGAGAGCAAUUUCGGAGUAGUGAUGAUGGUGAACCCUCCGGUACAGCUGGCAAGCCGAUUUAUUCCUCUAUUGUUUCAUCGGGAAUUGACAGGGUCAUGGUGGUUGUCAUCAGGUAUUUUGGAGGAAUAAAACUAGGCACUGGAGGAUUAGUCAGGGCUUACGGAGGAACAGCCAUGGACUGCUUAAAAAGUGCCUCAAUUUGUGAAGUUAAAUCAAAAGUUCCUAUUGGUAUUGAGGUGCCCUUUGAUCUAUUUGGGGUUGUGUACCAUCAGUUACAGUCUUUUCAAGUUGAGGAUAUUAAACAGGAUUAUGAUACUGGUAAAGAUGGCACUACCAUGAUCACUUUCAAAGUUGAUUAUGACCGGAUGAAGAGUCUGGAGGAAGCAAUCAAAGACAAUUGUAGCAGAGAUAUUGUGUUCUAUAAGCGCUAAAGCAGAUUAAAGAGAUCCAAUCCGCAGUGAUUUUUGGUGUUUUGUCAUGGACAGUUACCAAAGCCAUUUCAUUGCUUUCUUCUUUGCUUUGUUCAAUUCAUUUGGUACAUGUGGGGCCAAGUCUGUAGGACAAGUUUUGGGGUUGCUAUAAUGAGAAAGUCUUCAGUUGGUUGCUUAAAUCAUUUUCCAUUGCAAGACAGUGUGUGGAUUGGAAUGCAGAUGGGGUUAUAUCAAGUUGGUAAGUGAUGUUGAAUACAGUUAAUUGGGGUCUGAAUUAUGAAAUUAUUGCCCAGAAAGUGGGGUUGGCCCGACACAGUUAAAACAGUUAAAAGUUGAUGUAUAUAUACUUUUUAUAUAUAAUUAGAUUCUCCCACCCCGACCCUCCCAAAAAAAGAAAACCCAAAUUUUAAA